AGCGUCAGACAUACACCGCAUUGGAUGAAUGUGGGGAAACAGCAUUAGAGAAGGAGAAAGUGGUAUGGUGGCGUACAUCUCAGUUGUUGGAAGCGUGUCUACGAGUUGGUGCUCCUUUCAUUCCUGCUGAUAAUGUCACUCCCACCGUUACCGUGACUGACUGGCGAAGUGGGGCACACAAUCUGAUGCUGCAGCUGCAACGUGUGAGGCACGAUAUGACUGCUGUGAAGGAUGAAUUAGAAGAACUGCAGCUGAAAUCUACGGACCUGGAGAGGCAGACAACUGCAGAGGAAGACCGAUUAGAAGCCAUCAUGCUUGAGAAGAAGGCACUCCAAUGGUAUGUUCAUGCUUAUGGGCAAGAUGUCUGA